AUGUCCGACACUUGUAUUGUUUGCCUAGGAGACCUUGGCGAAAGCGCCAGUGACCCUCUCGCGGUCGAGCCGGUGCCAAGACUCGAUCUCCACGAUGCUGCUGACCCAGCGGCUAAGGCCCCGGCGCCCGAUGACGAUGAAAGCUCGGGCGAGAUAGCCCAGUUGCUCCCCUGUGGACACAUACUGCACAACGUAUGCUUGAAGCCCUGGGUAGAACGGGCGAACAGUUGUCCAAUAUGCCGCCGCAACUUCAACAUGGUUGAGUUGAAGGCCCGGCCCGGCGGUCCUGUCACAUCAUCGUAUGCUGUCCAAGACCGAGUCCAGGUCGCCGAAAUCGACCCGUCCAUGGUGGUCGACUACAUCGAUGACGACUUCGUCGACUAUCAACCUUGCACAAUAUGCGGGGAGUGUGACAAUGAAGACGUUCUCCUCCUGUGCGACGGCUGUGAUGCUCCCUCUCACGUGUAUUGUCUGGGGCUAGAUGGAGUGCCUUCGGGGGCGUGGUACUGCGACACGUGUGAAACACAACGUGCAAUCGAACCUGCUUCAGAGGGGCCUGGUCGACAGUCCCGUACGAGUGAUCGCAGGGACAGCCGCACUCGGGGACAGCAGCGUCUGGUACGAAGCAGGAAUCAGGCGAGUUCUUUGCACUGGGCUCGUGUGUGGCAAGCCGUGUGGGAUAAUCUCAAUUUCGAUUUAGAUUUCCCAUUCGAUGACGACCGCGCUGCACAACGUGUGCUGCAGCAACGGCGACGCGAAGAGGCAAACCAGCGCGAGUUUCGUGCCUGGCAACGCCGAUUCGAGGUCGCGGAGCGACAGGGCGGGGGGCAUCGUUUUCGUGACAGUGCUCCCCUUUUUGACAUUGAGUCGGCCCGACCCUCACGUCCGCGGGCGCCUAGAAAUCCCACACCUGAGCCGGAGUCUCUUGAAGAAAUGCGAGCUUGGAACGCAUUCGAAAGGGCUCGUGAAAUCGAAAAUAACCCCAGUGCUGCUCGUAAACGCAAGGAGCCAACACUGUCACCCUCGCCUGAGCCCUCAGAGCCCCAGCGUAAACUCAAGAGGCCACGUACGAGGCGACCUCAGGAACUCGCCGCCAUCGCGCAACGCAACGGGGAGUCAUCAAGAGCGGCCAGUGCAAGUGGUGGUAUAGGAGGCGGCAGCAGCUCCGCUGGUAGCACGAGCUCGACUGCGCAAUCUUCUGGGACAAAUGCUCGGUUGAAUGGAGAUCAUUCAGCGGAACCCAGCUUCCUUUCGUCUUUGUUAAAAGAAGUCGAAGAUGCAUCCGCCACUGAGCGUACUACGCCUCUCAUGCCACCGGCUCCAACAUCCAUUGCCCCCGCCGAGCUCGUCUCCCCGCGACCCUCCUCCCCAACGACAUCUGCCAUGUCUUCCCACCAGUCCUCUCCGCGUCUCUCCUCUACCACUCCCCCACCUUUUCCACGCAGCCGCCCCUUGUCUCCUCUUCGGCUAUCCUCUCCCGUUCAACCUUCAUCCCCUUCCUUCUCACCCCAGGUCUCAUGCUCCGGGAGUCCCCUCUCCCCGGCUCCUACCAAGCCAUCCUCGUCAUCGUCGGACGAGUCGCAUCGCCCUCGCUCUCGUAUCCCACGAUCAGCCGGUGAGAGAACCCGACCUCGACCUGCACAAGUGUCAUCUAGCAGUGCGGGUCCUGCCUCCGAUGUGAAAUCGGAAAUUCGAGGCAUGGUCAGUACCGCGCUGAAGCCCCAUUAUCGCUCCAAGACCAUCUCCCGGGAACAGUAUACCGAAACCAAUCGCACAAUAUCGCGCAUGCUUUAUGGACGUGUCGGGCAGGCUCAGACACUUAGUCCCGAGGAUCGCGCAGAUCUGGAAAACACUGCCAACUUUGAGGUCCAGAAGACGGUUGGUGUGAUACACAAGAAGAACAAAGAGGACCGGCAGAAGCAGAAACAGAAACAGAGACAAAACAAGACCAUCCGAUCUGCCGCCUCAGAAGAUGAGAUCCCAUGA